GGAAACGCUACUUCUGCGGGGCAAGAUGGCGGCGCCCAGACAGGCCUGGAUCACGGAUGAAUAAGAGGGAAUCCCCGCACAGAGACACGGCUGGAGAGAGUCAUACUGGGGAGGCAGCUGGAGCAGCACGAUGCUGUCGCGACCAAAGCCAGGGGAGUCCGAGAUGGACCUGCUGCGCUUCCAGAGUCAGUUUCUCGCAGCUGGUGCAGCCCCGGCGGUGCAGUUGGUGAAGAAAGGAAAUAGGGGCGGUAGUGAUGCCAACUCAGACCGGCCUCCGCUCCAGGACCAUCGGGAUGUGGUGAUGUUGGACAAUCUCCCAGAUUUGCCCCCAGCUUUGGUCCAUUCUCCCCCGAAGAGAGCCAGGUCCAGCCCUGGCCACCCCCUGCCUGAGGAUGAGGACCCAGAAGAGAAGCUGAGGAGGCAUGAUCAGCACAUCACUGCUGUCUUGACUAAGAUUAUUGAACGAGAUACAAGUUCAGUGACUGUGAAUCUGCCUAUGCCCAGUGGCGUUGCUUUCCCCGCUGUGUUCCAUCGCUCGCAGGACACACAGGGGAAAUCAGCAACAUCUGGUAAGAGAAGCAUUUUUGCCCAGGAAAUUGCAGCAAGGAGGAUAGCUGAAGCCAGGGUCCCAUCAGUUGGGGAAGUUGUGCCCAACCUGGGCCCACCAGAGGGUGCCGUGACCUGUGAGACACCCACUCCGAGGGACCAGGGCUGCCAGCUUCCUGGGAGCAGCCACAGCUUUCAGGGACCCAAUCUGGUCACAGGGAAGGGGCUCAGGGAUCAAGAAGCUGAGCAGGAAGCCCAGACUAUCCAUGAAGAGAACAUAGCAAGACUGCAGGCCAUGGCUCCUGAGGAGAUCCUGCAGGAACAGCAGCGGUUGCUGGCCCAGCUUGACCCCAGCUUGGUUGCUUUUUUGAGAUCUCACAGCCGCACCCAAGAGCAAACAGGAGAGAAGGCCUCUGAGGAGCAGAGGCCAGGAGGACCCUCUGCUAAUGUCACCAAGGAGAAACCCCUCAUGUCAGCUUUUGCCAGUGAGUCCAGGAAGGGAGACAAGCUGGAGCCAGAAGCCCCAGCUCUGGCACUGCCCGUGACCCCUCAGAAAGAAUGGCUGCACAUGGACACUGUCGAGCUGGAGAAGCUCCACUGGACCCAGGACUUGCCCCCUCUCCGCCGGCAGCAGACACAGGAGAGGAUGCAGGCUCGAUUCAGUCUUCAGGGAGAACUACUGGCCCCUGACGUGGACCUGCCCACCCACCUGGGUCUGCACCACCAUGGAGAGGAGGCAGAGAGAGCGGGGUACUCCCUACAGGAGCUGUUCCACCUGACCCGCAGCCAGGUGUCCCAGCAGAGAGCACUGGCACUGCAUGUGUUGGCCCAGGUCAUCAGUAGGGCCCAGGCUGGUGAGUUUGGGGACCGGCUAGCAGGCAGUGUCUUAAGCCUCCUUUUGGAUGCUGGUUUCCUCUUCCUACUGCGCUUCUCCUUGGAUGACAGAGUAGAUGGGGUCAUUGCAACCGCCAUCCGUGCUCUUCGGGCUCUGCUGGUGGUCCUGGAGUGCCCUCGGCUGAUAGAGACCAUAGUUCGAGAGUUCUUGCCCACCAGCUGGUCUCCUGUGGGGGCAGGGCCUACCCCUAGUCUAUACAAAGUACCCUGUGCUACUGCCAUGAAACUACUUCGUGUCCUGGCCUCAGCUGGGAGGAAUAUUGCUGCCCGGCUGUUGAGCAGCUUUGAUCUCCGGAGCCGCCUGUGCCGCUUCAUAGCUGAGGCUCCCCAAGAACUGGCCUUGCCCCCAGAGGAAGCUGAGACGCUGAGCACCGAGGCCCUCCGCCUGUGGGCUGUGGCUGCCUCCUAUGGCCAGGGCGGUGACCUUUACAGGGAGCUCUACCCAGUGCUGAUGCGGGCCUUGCAGGUGGUGCCACAGGAGCUCAGCACCCACCCGCCUCAGUCCCUGUCCAUGCAGCGGAUAGCCGCACUGCUCACUCUCCUCACCCAGCUGACUCUGGCAGCCGGCAGCACCCCCGCUGAAGCCAUCAGUGAUUCUGCUGAGGCCAGCCUCUCGGCCACCCCUUCCUUAGUCACUUGGACACAGGUGUCUGGGCUCCAGCCUCUUGUCGAGCCGUGUCUAAGGCAGACCUUGAAGCUGCUGUCCAGACCUGAGAUGUGGAGAGCCGUGGGCCCAGUGCCGGUUGCCUGCCUGUUGUUCCUGGGUGCCUACUACCAGGCCUGGAGCCAGCAACCGAGCUCGUGCCCAGAGGAUUGGCUCCAGGACAUGGAGCGCCUGUCAGAGGAGCUGUUGCUGCCACUGCUGAGUCAGCCCACCCUGGGCGGCCUGUGGGAUUCCCUUAGGCACUGCUCCCCUCUCUGCAACCCGCUGUGCUGUGCGCCAGCCCCUGAAGCUCCCCCCAGCCUCGUGUCACUGGGCUGCUCGGGAGGCUGCCCCAGUCUCAGUCUGGCUGGCUCAGCCUCACCCUUCCCCUUCCUCACUGCCCUCCUCUCUCUUCUCAAUACCCUCGCCCAGAUCCACAAGGGGCUGUGUGGCCAGCUGGCUGCCAUAUUGGCUGCCCCGGGACUCCAGAAUUACUUCCUCCAGUGUGUGGCUCCUGGGGCUGCCCCACACCUCACACCCUUCUCUGCGUGGGCCCUGCGCCACGAGUACCACCUGCAGUACCUGGCACUCGCUCUGGCCCAGAAAGCGGCAGCACUGCAGCUACUGCCAGCCCCCCAUGCUGCCCUCCAUCAUGGUAUGGCCUUGGCCCUGCUGAGCCGGCUGCUGCCUGGAAGUGAGCACCUCGCCCAUGAGCUGCUGCUGAGCUGUGUAUUCCGGCUGGAGCUCCUCCCGGAAAGAACAUCAGGGGGUCCAGAGGCAGCUGACUUCUCUGACCAGCUGUCUUUAGGAAGCAGCAAGGUCCCUUGGUGUGGGCAAGGGACUCUGCUAGCUCAGGCCUGCCAGGACCUCCCCAGCAUCCGCAGCUGCUACCUGACUCAUUGCUUGCCAGCCCGAGCCAGUCUGCUGGCCUCCCAGGCUCUGCACCGAGGGGAGCUACAGCGAGUCCCAACCCUGCUACUGCCUGUGCCUACGGAGCCGCUGCUGCCCACCGACUGGCCCUUCCUGCCGCUGAUUCACCUCUACCACCGGGCUUCAGACACGCCCUCGGGACUCUCUGCCAUGGACACCGUAGGCACAGCCAUGCGGGUCCUGCAGUGGGUGCUAGUUUUAGAGAGCUGGCGCCCCCAGGCCCUCUGGGCUGUGCCCCCUGCUGCCCGCCUGGCACGGCUCAUGUGUGUGUUCCUGGUGGACAGUGAGCUGUUCCGAGAGUCCCCAGUACAGCAUCUGGUGGCAGCCCUCCUAGCCCAGCUCUGUCAGCCUCAAAUCUUGCCAAACCUCAACCUGGACUGCCCACUCCCUGGCCUGACGUCUUUCCCUGACCUCUAUGCCAACUUCCUGGACCAUUUUGAGGCUGUCUCUUUUGGGGACCACCUCUUUGGGGCCCUGGUCCUUCUGCCCCUGCAGCGUCGGUUCAGUGUCACCUUGCGCCUUGCUCUCUUUGGGGAACACGUGGGAGCCUUGCGAGCUCUGAGCCUGCCUCUGACCCAGUUGCCUGUGUCCCUGGAGUGUUACACAGUGCCUCCCGAAGACAACCUGGCCCUCCUUCAGCUCUACUUCCGGACCCUGGCUACUGGUGCGCUCCGUCCACAUUGGUGCCCCGUGCUCUAUGCUGUGGCUGUAGCUCAUGUCAAUAGCUUCAUCUUCUCUCAGGACCCACAGAGCUCAGAUGAGGUAAAAGCUGCCCGCAGGAGUAUGCUGCAGAAAACGUGGCUGCUGGCAGAUGAGGGUCUCCGGCAGCACCUCCUCCACUAUAAGCUUCCCAAUUCCACACUCCCAGAGGGCUUUGAGCUCUAUUCUCAGUUGCCCCCUCUGCGUCAGCACUACCUCCAGAGACUGACUUCAACGGUGCUCCAAAAUGGGGUAUCAGAGACCUAGGAUAGUUGCUAUAGAUGGAAACAUGGGUACAUUGUCCUGUAUCCAGCCUUUCAACAGAUGCCUGGCCAGACAAAGGACAUUGUGUCCUAAUGGCAGGCAGAAGACCAAGGAGCAGAAAGCUUGCCUUCCUGGGAGCAGGUGGUUUGAGCUGUUUUGGAGCAGAAUGAGCCCUACCAUUACAUCCUGAUACCUGGGGCUUCUGAAGGUCUGUGCUGGGAAUGAAGAGCGGCUUAGCUAUUUACCCCCUCUUUGGGGACAGGGCAAACUAAAUGCAUCCCUUCUUACCUAACUCCCAACCCCUGCCCCGGGCUAAGGUAUAUGAAUGCUAUAGUUGUACAUUAAAAUGUUUUUUAUCUCCCGGAAA